AUGCCUCUCACCAAAACUUUCUUCCUCAUUUGUUCCUUCCUCAUCUUCCCUCUCCUCUCAACACCAACAACUUCUACAAACAGCUCCCCCAUAGCCUACCAAGUCCUUCCCUUCAUAAGGGUCUUCAAAAACGGCACCGUCGAACGUCUCAUCGGAACCGAAACCGUGCCCGCAUCUUACGACCCCACGACCCGUGUCCUAUCCAAAGACAUAUCCAUACCCAUCUCCCGAGCUCUCAACAUCACGGCCCGUAUGUACCGGCCCGCGAACGCCACCGCAAACUCCCGAAAACUCCCGCUAUUAUUCUACAUCCACGGAGGCGCGUUUUUCGUCGAGUCCGCCUUUUCUCCCACUUACCACAACCACCUAAACUCCCUCGUCUCCAAAGCCAACGUCGUGGGGGUCUCAGUAAAUUACCGUUUAGCCCCCGAGCACCCCCUCCCGGCCGCGUAUCAAGAUUCUUGGCACGCGCUAAAGUGGGUGUUCUCACUCGGCCGCGAUUCGUGA